AUGACGACGCUGAUAUGCGUCGGAGCUUGUUAUCUCGACACGAUACUCAAGCAAGUUACGUUCGCACGCAUGCCUGCCACCAAGUUGCUGACAUUGCAUAGUGUCCCUUACUUUCCAGAGGAGGAUUCCAAGUUACGAGCAGACAGUCUCAGGGUCCGAAGAGGCGGUAAUUGUCCCAACUCACUGGAGGUCCUACAACAGCUGCUAGCCCGGCAAGCAGAGCACACUGUUAAACCAUGCUUGAUUUCAGUUCUGCCAAGUAGAGAUUCCCCUGCUGCUAAGAAAAUCAUAGAGUCCUUCGGGACCCAGGGGAUUGUUGACUUGGACAGGUGUGUUUAUCGAGAGGGUCACACGGAGGCUGCAAGCAGCUACAUCAUCCGAAGCGAAGCCACGGGUUCAAGAACGUUGGUCAACUUCAAUGAUCUUCCUGAGAUGACACUAGACGAGUUCGCCAAUGCGACGAGCGACAUUGCCGGUAGGACUUGGUGGCAUUUUGAGGGUCGUAUCCCGGAAACCACUUUGCAAUGCAUCCAAUACCUACGCGAGUCGAGACCAGAUGCCAGUAUAAGCGUGGAAGUCGAGAAACCAGGCCGUCAGCGUCAGGGGUUAGAGGAACUGGCGGCUGAGGCAGAUGUCGUUUUUUACUCCAAGAGUUGGGCCCAGGACCAGGGCUACGCUUCUGCUGAGGAAUGCCUAGAGGCACAGAGCCGCUUAACCCGCAAAGCCGCUGUAGGAGCAGGUGAUACCUUUAUUGCUGGGAUGUUGUUCGCCCUCCUGCACCACCACGAGGACUGGCGCAUCAGAGACAAGGUCAGGUUUGCCGUACAGCUCGCGACAUCCAAGGUUCAGAUGGAGGGGUUUUGUGGCGUCGGCGCCCAUGUAAACGAGGGCCUUUCAUCCGAAGACGGCACGCAGGCUUUGGUAUGA